GAUCGGAUAAUAACAUUCACAGUCACUCAGCCAGUUGCCACAGGGCAGGAAAUAUUAUAAAUAUUUGUCAAAAAGUGCAAAGAUUAUUGGAAAUAUCAACAUAUCAUUUCAUGAUUUUGGGAAACUACGCAUUAGAGACAGUUCCAAUCAGGAAAUUUCGUUAUUCUUGGAAUUUUAUAAAGGGUAUCGCUUUAGUCGUGAUUUUCCAGACGUAAAAUCCAAUGGAAAAAAGACACUGGAAAAACGAGAGCCAAGUUCACUAGAAUCAAGAACCAACCCAACUCCGCAUAUUUUGUCUUAUAAUACAUUAUUUAGUAAUCCCUUUUCCAGUUUUAAUGGCGGUACAACAACCAGGAACUGUUUAGCUACAGUUUGGGAUGGCUACUACCGAAGAAAGUCCCAUUUUCGUCCAGUCUGAAGAUGAAUCAGAUGAUGGCGAUGAUGUUAUUGUUAUUAAAGAAGAACCACCUGUUGUUGAUAAUGAUGUCAUCUUUGUUUCUGCUACGCUCGCCAUCAAUAAACUGACAGAUACUCCAUCUAAAGCAGAACCUUCUGAUUGUGUACAGACAGUGCUGUGUGAUUCAACUUGUAAUAUAGAUGACGACGAUGAUGAUAAUGAUUCUACCUCCACACCCUCUGUGUCUGUCAGCAAACAGAACGUGGACCUCGAGACUAAUCUGGAAGACGUCUUUGGUAACGGAAUUGAUCAGCUGUUACGUGCCGCAGGUUAUACUUCUAGCCCUCCAGGCACUGAUCACCUGAAUAAAGCUCCAGAUAGCCAAGGAGUUACAGAUAGCAGCAAUGCUUCUGCAGCAGGCACAAGUCAAGACCAUGUCUCUACGGUGACAGCAGAUGCACAAAUGGACUUAGAUGCUAAUAAGGAUGAAAACGACAGAUCAGUCGAACAUCAAGCCAACUCGUCAACAAAUCUAGCCAAUCAGACGCUUGAUGCAACAGUGAAUACCUCAGCUCAAGCAGACGCAAAUAGUCUUUCAGUGAAUGGUGCUACAACUGAUUUAUUCCCAAAUCAAACCUAUGUAACUACUAUGAGAUCGUGUACAUUAAAUAACAAUAAUGACGUCCUCGUUGAUUCACUCUUAAUAACCAGUAACUCAGCAGCUACUCAACCCUCUUCUACCCUUCAUACGGACACAAAAGAUGAAGCUUUUCAACAAAUUGAGCAAUACGUGCGUCUGUUAGCAGAAACAGACAAUCAAGAUCCCAAAUUGUGUACAUCUGCUAAUCCUUUACGUACACAUGAAACCCCUAAAACGGGACCAACACUCGGAAUAUCAACAAACUAUGCAAAUAUUCCAAAUCAAACGCCAUUAAACUAUAAUUCCGAUUUGAAAUGUUCACGCAUCGGGCCUGAUAAUCAGUUUAAUUCAAAUAUGUGCAUGCAAACCUCAACAAGUAGUGCAAAUCUUUUAAAUCAAGUGCAGGUAACUCCAAACAAUGUUCUCAAGUCUGCAGAUCAGAGUGGUGCUUCCUGUUCAUCAACCACAAAUACAGCUGCAUCUGCAUGCAACACCAAUCAGGGAACAGUUUCGAAUAAUGACGACAGAUUUUUAUCCUCAUUGUUUGACAUGUAUCUACCAAAUUCUAAUUCAACAUCAACGCCAAAGCCAAGUCUUUCACGAACCACAGAUCUUUCACAAGACAAUUUGCCACCACGAAAACGCUAUAAAUACACAAUCAAUAUGUCUCAAUCGAUAGACUAUGGCUCUUCUGUUCCUAUGGAAACAAACAUUUUGACAAAUAAGAGCAACCAAUCAGAAAUAAUCUGUGUUAAAUGUACGAAAACUAGUUUGAUUAAGGUUUCAUGCUGUUCUAAUGGCCAUGUGUUUUGUGAAGUUUGUAUCCAGGAACAUACCAAACAAGUUUUACUUGAAAAAACGUUCAAAUAUUUGUUUUGUUUGGAAGAAAGUUGUAGGGGUGUUUACAGUAUUGAUGAAUUAAAGAAAACAUUACCAGAGAUGGUUGUAGAUAUAUUAGAAAAAAGGGAAGCAGAGAAAUGUGAUGAUAAUACUGAAGAUAGACAGAAAGACGACCAUCAGGACAUACCUCCAGAGUGGUCUCCCAUUGAUGAAAGAUCUACAUUGAAGAUAGUUGUUUUGGACAAUGAUUCUAUUGAAUUUAUAACUGUUGCCAUUCGAUUCUAUAAAACUAUGAAUGGAGUUCGCUUCUGUUUACAUAGAAUUUCACGAGUACAGAAUUUGACGUUGUGGAAGUAUUACAACUUGAAGCGGAUAGAAAUGAUACAUGAAAAUGAUGGUCUGAAUGUUCAGGAAGAGACGUUAUUUCACGGAACACAGGGUCAGUGUGUGGAAGCCAUCACAAAGAAAGGUUUUGAUUGGAGAUUAUGUGGUAAACAUGGCUCUCUUUAUGGAGAAGGUUCAUAUUUUGCCAAGAAUGCAAUUUAUUCCCACGACUACACAGAUUUCCACAAUUUUAAACAAGUAAGACAUCAUCGAAAGAAAUUCCAGGCUAUUCGACAAAAAUUAAACCUAUUUCAUCCUCCGCCUGCUCAUCAAAGUCUUGUUAGUAUUCCCUACACUCCUAACUUUAACCCUCCUCCACCAGCUCACCAACUAUUGUUUGGUUCUACAAACAAUAGCCAAGGUUCCUUUAUUUCGGUGGUUAACUCAGUUCCUGUUCCAAACCCAACAUACCUUGGAGCCUCCACGUCAUCUGCCUUCAACAUGUUUUCUUCAGCACCCAACAGUCUCUACUCGCUCAGCAACAGAAACAUCCCUGUCAAUCUGAAUCCGCAGCAUUCCACGUACCCUAUCAACAACCCUCUUCUCGGAUUUAACGAUCUUAAUACGCCUGUGAUCAAUCCACACAUGCCGACUCGUGGCAACUCAGUCCCAAAUGUUACCAUAGAAGCAGCUUCAGAGAGUUCAACAGAGGCCAAGGAACCGGAAUAUCUGCUCAAAAUGUUCCUGUCUCGAGUUCUUGUUGGCAAAUCAACAGGAGGUCAAAAAGGGUAUCGUAAACCUCCACCAUUAUAUCCCGAAACGGACAAAAUGGGCAGAUGUUAUGAUUCAUGUGUGGAUAAUAUUUUCGAUCCCAAAAUCUGGGUUGUUUUUGAUAGUCAUCAGAGUUAUCCUGAAUAUUUGAUAGAAUAUACCUGUUGUGAUUUAACAGACUGAGUAUCUACUGUAACAGAAUACAUCUUUUCUUGUGUAUAGUACUGAAUACCUAAGAGAAUACACCUCUCUGGUUUAAAACUUGAUGUGUGUUAUUACAUAAUAGAUGUUAAACAAGUUAUUUUCUCCCUUGAACAUGUCUCGUGGCUUGGAGUUAAACAUUUGGACAAGUGUAUAUAAUAUCAAUAAUGUAAUGUGCGACUCCAUGUUCUGAUGGCAGUUUUAAAUCAAUUACAGGACUCACAAUAGGUGAAUGCAUCAUCAUUGGAGUAAAAAUAAUUUCGAGUGACCUCAAGCUCGAGAUUACCUAUGAAGUUGUAUGAACGACGGGGGAUACUUAAUUGAACGUUCCGUAAUUGAAUUCUCUUAAUCAAAGAAAUAGUGACAAUCGAGUGAAAGGGGGGAUUCGACUACAAUGCAUGUGUUGACUGCGUAAGAAAAUAUCUCAAGCAAACAUGACAGCUGAAACAUAUUCAUUAGGAUUAAUUACCGGGUACGUCACGAUUCUACUCACAUCACCUCCGUUGUCAAGAAUGACAGUGUCACUCAAUAACAGUUCUGUCCAUUCUCGAAAUUCCGGACUGACAAUCGAACAUCCCCUAGGAGAUUAUGUCAAUAUGUACAACUUAAAUUCAUCUCAUACCUCUGCUUGUGUAGUAGUUUUCAACAAUGACAUACAAGACUACACAGCUGACUCGUCAAGACGACUAGUAAGUUGGAGACCUUUUGAAUAUCUUAAUUUCAGCAGUACUGUGAAAAUGUGUUUGAGGAUAUACAAUCAUUUAUUAAAUAUAUAAGUUUAAAGUUAACCAAGAAGAAUUUGAUAGAAUGUUUAUUCUAAUAUUUCAACAACUUGUUUGUAUGAGCAUCUUUUUUUUUUUAAAUUUUAUUAGAGUAUAUGCAUUCAUUGUACUUGUAUAUUAUUACUUCUAUUGAGUAUAUGUACCUGUAUGUCCUAAUUUGAAACUGAAUAUUUUUACAGUUCAUCCCCUUAAUAUUUUAAAGCCACAUAUUGUUUUAUAAAUAUAUAAAAAUUUAAGUGUAAUUUGGAUUUUAUUUGUGACCUACAACCGCUUCAGUUCAUCUUUCCAAAUAAUCAUAUCCCACAAAUUAUAUACUUUAGUGAUGAUUUUUAUAAUUAA